AUGAACAACGUUUUUCGCUACUCAGCCAAACAUGUUUCAAAGAAAAUGGCCCCGUCGGUUUCAGCUGUUCUAAUGGAGUGUCCUAAAACUUCAGUGGCUCCUAGUUGCCAGAGGAAAAUUAUGUUAAAUAUACGCAUCAGUGCUGAGGGGUCGACAUGCAAGAAGGAUAAAUAUUUGCUUCUGGAUGAAAUAUUCGACCAAGGAAGGAAGACUAGAGCGCGCUUAAUGUCUCCUUAUUUAAUAGAACUAUCUCGCGGAGAACCGGUACUGAUGUAUCCCCUGGAUUUUGUUAAGAACCUUGAUUGCAACUCAUGUGGAGACAAGAUACGAAAAAGUCCCAACAACUUGAAACACUCGCAAGCUGGGAGCAAUUCAUUGCAUGUGAACCAGAAUGCUGCCAGUAUUAUUAACAAGGGCUCAAGGAGAGACACACUCAGGAAAAAUCCGCAAAAAGUAUCGGUAACCUCAUCAAAAUCAGAAAACAAACGACUUGCAUCGCAUGAACAUCCAUCGAGUUCACAAAAUAAUCAUGCCGACGAAAUUGAUCUGGAUAUCAAUAUCGCUCUCGAUGACGAAGUUAACAAUGGCGUCGGAAGUGGGAGCAUGAAAUCUCAGCAAUUCAUUCACGAAGAAGACCACGGUAACACCAAAAGGAACCCUAAAAUGAUUGAGAAACAAGAGUCAUUACAAUCAGACUACGAUGAAACGAAUCGGGAUUAUGAUGCAAUAUUCGAGGAGCUGGAGAAAAAGAAUGAGAAAAUCAAGAAAGAUAUCCUUGAGAUAUUGAAACCUACCCUUCAAUUAUGUGAUGAAGCAGAUACUAUAGGUACUGGGUUGAAUUAUCGAUCUAGCAGCGAUCAACAGCAGAACUGUACUGAUCCUUGCAAAUGCUCUUCAUUCACAUCCGGCGCUUCGGAAUCACAAAGUAAAGCAAAUUGUCCAACUUGCCCACCUUGUCCUUCAUGUCCAACAUUACCUCCUUUACCAGCGAGACCAGAAUGCGGAAAACCAGAUCAGAUAGGUCAGCUAAAAGUACCAGCUUCACAAAGGCAUUUUAGCCCAAGACGAACAUCAAAAUUUCAUCCUUCCAAAAGGACUAAUCGCCGGGAAGACAAUGUGGCAGUGAAAAUACAGAAGGAGCUCCAAAAUAAUGAGCUGCCUAUCCAGGAAACAAGCGAUGACUCUUCUGAGGACGCUGAAUCAAAUCGAAGGAAUGAGCUGAGCAAUGAUGAAAAUAUUGACGUCGAAGAGGCCGAAGAUGUAUUUUCUUCAGUUGAUGAGAUCAAUGAUGAUUUCUUUCAACCUGAUUUGCAAUCGGAACAAGUUGAAGGCAACAUUAAGUUGAAGUACCAUAGUUUGAUACCUAAAAAUAGUGAAAGUGUGGUAAGGAAUCCGAACAUCCCCGAGGUUCGAUUGCAAAAUAACAACAAAUCGCCUUUUGUGAGAUCGAAAAUGCAACCAUCCAGUAUUGCGGACUUUAAAAAGUACCAACUAGAUCCUAUCCGAUAUGAUGGAGUCAGCAAAGUUGAUCGAUAUCAGUCGUUGUUGGGAAACAACAGAGCUCACCUAACGUCGAAUUCAAAAGGAACUUCUUCUUCGCAGAAAUCAAAUCGUAAAAAGGAUGCCCAAUUUGUAUCCUAUAUUAAUGGCUACGGUUUGAACGUUGACUCUGUGGAUGUUUUAAAUGAGACGAGUCCUGAUGCCUUUCAAAGUUACCAACGUCUGAGCGAAUCAUCCAUGCCUAGAUUGCAACACUACUUCAUGCAUGUCGGAACACCAUCAUGUCCUGCCUGCAAUGAUCCACUUUCAUCCAUAGUGGAAAUUCCUCCAGCAAAUGCAUUUCGUAAAAAAUCAUAUAAAAAGUCAGUGCCACGUAUGUGCCCUUUCGGGUGCCCUUUCCCAUCUUAUAGAAAGCUAUCCACUAGCAAGAUGAGCCCUCAAAGAGUCCACCUGGACCCAGGACAGGCAGAAGUCUCUAUUCGUGAAUGGUCGCCUCCUAUGGCAUCAUAUUCGAAAGAGAUUAAAACUCCGUUUGAAGUAAACCCAACUGAAAUACAGGAAGAGCCUGCAGAGAUGGAAGGAAGUUACCGCAGUGGAAGUGGAAUAAGUGUUAAGCCUGUGCAAAGCGAGGGAAGCCAGGCUCAAUUGCAGCAAAUCUUCCCUUUGUCAUCUAAAAUUUCCUCACUACACGGAGGAUCUAACAAUAGAUUUGCUCUUACAAAUGGGUUAAGUUCCGGAGACGAAAUGUUGGCAGAUAGUAAAACCGAAGGCACAGAAGUAGAGAAUAACCCGGAAUUAAGUCAAGUUCCUUUUAGACUAAACCCGAAAUUUAGACCUGUAAAAUUAAGUCGAGGAUUUGCAGAGAAACCAACAAGAGAAAAUAGCCAAAGUCAAGAUGAAGACGGCGGGGAGGAAUACGACUAUUACGAAGAAGAUACCUCAGAUCUUAGCGAUUUCCCGUACGUCUUGGCCAGACGACCAGGAACAAAAUUUCCAUCAGUCUAUCAACGUCCAGUUUAUGUGCCGAGCAUAAUACCAGCAGCGCUGGAAAGUGAAAAUCCAUCGGCAGAUUUCAUUACGGAUGAGUACCGCGAACCAAAGAAGCGGACACCUCCUCAAAGGCGAGGUACCAAAAGAGUUAUAAGACCAUUUCAUCGGGGGAGAUUUCUUGCUAAUCAAGAGAAACGUGAUGAAGCCGCUCAAAUUCUUUUAUCUCAUAUUGAUCCCAACCUGCUCACGGAUCGGGUGCCGUACGAUAGCUUUUUAAGUGACCCCAAUAUCAGCGUGGGAGAAAAAUUGCGCCUCAUGAAUGUCAUUGAUCCUGAGGAUGCACAAUUCGAAGCUCUGCUAAAGGAGGAAAUACCAAUCAGUGAUGAGACUAAUUCUGGAAAUGAAGAUGGCGGCCACGAAAAAAACAUCGAAAAAAGAAGUUUCGCUUUGUAUGACGAUAUGGAAAUCCAUGAUGUAGAUGUGGACUACGAGGGCCUAACAGCUGCAAGACAUCUACCAGUAUUUGAUAGCUUCAAGCAAUCGGGAAGUCCAGUUGCUGGCAAACACUCAAAACGGGGGAAUAAAGGCGAUUCAGGAAAAUCGCCAAGAUCCGUUGAAGAUAUCUGGUAUUCAGUGUUCAACAUGAGUGCGCCCUUGCAAUUCCUUACAACACGUGUUCGCGUCUUCCGAAAGAAAGAAAAUUCGUGGUGGAGGAUUGCCCCGUCGAUAACAUUGACAAGUUUGUCCGGGAUAUAUGCCAAUGCCAACCUGUCGAUUAUGUUCUCAUCCCAUGUAGAACUUUACAAUCUUGAAAAACCAUUGCAUCUUCAAGAUUACAAACUGCUUAUUCCGAACAAUCAUACCAGCAACAUUACUCCCAAAGAGAUUCUUGCAGUUAACACUAACAAAUUUCACAUGGACAAAAUCGAAACGGACGAGGAUCUUCGAGACAAUAUUUGCGAAGCAGCUUUUAGUAAAUCAAAGCUGUAUUCCGACAAUAAGAGUUUUGUUCAUAAAAGAAACGGCCAAGAUGAUAGCAUCCACAGUUUAGAAGAUUUCGGAGAGUUUCCAACAUUUAUGAAUAUUUUGGAGCAAUGCAAAAAUGACCCAAGUCACCUAUGCUUAAAUAUGUUAGAUGAGAAGACUCCAGGCUAUAAGGUCAAAGUACAGAUACCUUUCCGUGAUAAUUCCCUCGUAUACAAAGAUUAUUUCAAAGUUCGGAUCACAAGUGUUGUUGUAGAUGGGACUGUGGACGGCGCAAUCCAAAUUAUCGUUUCAUUCAUAAAUGAGGCAUUACUUGUGCAGGAUUUUGACGUGGUCAUCGCAGAUUGUCCAGUAACCUGCGGGGCGAAAAAUAUCGUCCACAAAGUGGCACCUCCUCAUCGUGGUGUGACAAUUGCUUUUCUGUUACCGUUGCAGGAUACAAACUCUGGAUCCAAAUAUACCUGCCAAGUUCAAAUAAGGACAGUAUCAAAUCAUAUUAUAUCGCAUCGUCAAUUAGUAAUUCGACCAUCAGCCAGAUGCCUUUGUAUUUGGCAAUGUAACUGCCACUGUAUCAAAGAAACAGUAAGCACAUUAGUUCCUGAUAUGUGUGAAGAGCUAACCAACUAUGAAGAAUUAGAAGCUGGAUUCGACAAAAAACGUUCCAACAAGCUCUCAUGGGAAGGCGUCCUUUUCUGGCUGAUCCUGUUCUUAAUACUUUUAUUGCUUUUAGGAUGCAUAAAAGCGUGGCUUGGUUGCUGCAUUGCCUGCGUUGAUCGCUGGAAAUAUAAUUACCUGCAACCCAUGAAAAAAUACGAGGAGGCAUCCAGAUGUCGACGUUUCUUCAUCAACACAAUUUUCUUUUUGUGCUUCCCUUUCGUCUGCUUAUGUCGUUGCUUUCAACCGUCCGAAGAGGAUAUGUUACAGUCUACCGCAAACUGGGAAUAUUCAGUAGUACAGCAUACAGUUGACAGCUCCUCAUAUGCUUCCUCGGAAUUAGAUGAAGUAGAGAGCAGAGAAAACUCCUUAUUUUCGCAGCCAAUAAAACGAUCCAUAGGAGGUGCGGCAGCUAGUUCGGAUCAUCCUGGAACCUAUGCCGCUUCAGUUGAAGCAUAUCUCUAUGAUUCCAGCAACGAUGAAGAAGAGAGACAAGAUGCCAAGUUCGUACAAAAAGCUCUAGAUGAAUCCAGGAAGUCUAUGAAAACCAUGGAUGCUCAUUAUAGCGAAGAAAUUGCUUCAAAUGAUGAGCAUGGUCAAAUGGCUGACAAAUUUGUCAAGUCAUUAAUCGAAUCGAAAAUCGUUUAUCGGACAUUUAGAAUGCCUUUAGGAAAUGCAUCUCUUCCGCCGAAUCAGGCUUUUUCAAUACGAGGAUAUUUCAUUCCAGCUGUUGGUCCUGGAUAUCAAUUCAUUACACAUACACCACUUCGACAACAUUGGAUGGUCUGCCCUGAUAUCCAUUGUCUACGCCCAAUUAUUCCACCAAGUAUCCUUCUCUCUAAAGACUUCUCAAGGAGUUACGCAAAUAAGCGAGAAGUCUACGAAGCUGGUGACCUUUCUGUUUGUCCUUCUAUUUCUGCACCAUGUAUAAAUGUGCUUGUCCAGGAUAUAAGUAUGUAUACCAGAUCUGAUGAAUGCGAUCAAGACGAUGAAGAUGAAAAUGACGAUGACGAUGGACCAGAAGACGGAUAGAUGAAAAUUUUAUUCAAUAUUGGCUCUAAGGAAUUUCGAUUGUAUUUUAUUUAUUUUAUAUGUAUUAUAUAAGACUUAUCUGAUUUAAAAAAUAUAUUUGUUUUCAAAGCGAA